AUGCGAUUUAACACUGAAAAGUGCAAAGUGCUGACAAUAUCAAGAAAGCAACACCCAACGCGAUUUCCAUAUCGCAUAUAUGGUAAUGAAUUAUUUCCUUGUCAAGUCGAGAAAGAUCUUGGUAUGCUCGUGACCAGCAAUUUGAAAUGGGGGCCACACAUACUCAAGAUGGUGGCGAAGGCAAAUAAAAUGCUUGGUAUCCUCAAACGCUCAUGCUUUGACAUUAACCACACCCAGGUCAGACGGACCUUCUAUCUAACGCUAGUUAAAUCUCAACUUGUUUAUGGAAGCGAGGUAUGGUGCCCUCCUAACAACAGCAACUUAUCAAAGAAAAUCGAAGGAGUUCAAAGAAGAGCAACACUGUGGAUACUAAAGAAGAAACGCGGAGAACUAAGUUACAAACAGCGCUUAAUGUAACUUAAUUUAAUCCCGCUUGUAUACGACAGAGAACAGAAGGACUUGAUAUUUUUCUAUAAAUGCAUGUACGGUCUCACAGAUUUUGACAUAUCGCAGUAUGUUGAAGUUACAACGGGAAGGACACGCGCGGCCACUUCUGGUCUUCUGAGAACUCAAGCAUGCAAAACAAGUACAUUUCAAAGUUCCUAUUGUGUUAGAAUUGUUAAACUGUGGAACUAUGUUUGUAUGUCUGCUCCUACGUAUUGUUAUGUCACUGUCUUGCGCAAGACUUACAUCCACCUCACUAGUACUUCCCACACUCCUGACUUACCUAGUUCACACUCACUUAUCACGACUCAAUAAAAAUAUCUAACGUUUCUCUCUUUGUCUUUUCAUUCUUUCUGCCUUUUCAUUCUCUUAGUCUUUUCAUUUAAUCUUCCUUGUCUUUGUUUCCUCUCUUUGUUUGUUGUCUUUGUUUGUUGUCUAGUGGUGAGCACCCUGCAUGGGACAUAGUCUCGUUUGUGUUUCGCCACUUUUGGUACUUUCCUCGUCUUCUUGUACAAUGUAAUUGUUCGUUUAAGUUAUGUAAAUAUUCAGUUUUUUCUGUGCCAAAUUAAAGUUGUUAAAUAAACUAAGCUUACUUUAUUUAUAAUAGCAAAGUUUUGACAAAUAUAUUAGCUUUUCCUACUUACUGCAAUGUGUUCAAAAACAUAGUCAAAAUAAUUUUCGAUGCUCACUGAUAAUUAGCUGUGUAAAAAUCAGGAACAUAGCAACUGCAUUUUUUGGGACCUAUAUAUUCCAAUUUCAUUUUUUCAAUUCGAUCUUUUUCUAGAUAUCUGUUCCUGAACCGCAACAUUUAACUGUUUAUUCUGGUAAGCGGCGAAAAUAUUCAGCUUAUCAUGAAGAAAUGGUCCUCAUUCAGGUGUAAGCAGUAAUUCAAAUAUUUAUAAGUUUACAGGAAAGGAGUCUUUUUGUAAAAAUAAUAAUAUACAUACUAAUGUUACUCGACUAUGAUUAUUUACAAGCCCAAACAUCAGUGCAAAAUUCUGUAACAACAGUGCAAAGUUAUGUUUACAACAGUGCAAAAAAUAAGCUUAAAGCAAUGCAAAAGACGGUUAUACUGACUGCGAAAAUACGGUGUCUGUGGUUUUGUUGAAAUGGAAAAGACAAAAUUUACCUUAAGCAACACGCAGUAACAAACUUCUCUGUAUCAAUUUUCCAGUGUCUUCUAUGAAAGAUGACUUAAAGACAUUUUGGAAUCAUUCAUGUGAUGGGAAUUUAUGUGAUAUUACUAUGGUUGUCGGUGAAACACACAUCGGAGCACACAAG